AUGGCUUGCAUUGAAGUUCAAAAGGUGAAGUUUGGUACUCAAAUGUUAUCUGAAGAGGCAGAAGACUGGUGGGAUAAUGCGCGCCAGAGACUAAAUGUUGUUGAUGCUGAGAUUACUUGGGGUGUGUUCAGGGUUCAUUUUCAGGAGAAGGCUCGUUCUGCCCACUAUAAGAGUGUUAGUGAGAGAAAUGCGAAUAGCCUUUAUCGUGGGAAGCCUUAUAAUGCUCCAGCUGAUAAAGGGAAGCAAAGAGCUUCAUAUGAGAGAAAGCCAAGUGGGAGAAGGACUCUCGCUUCUGUCAAAUGUUUCAAGUCUGGCAAGUUGGGCCACUGUGUUAAUGAGUGCAGGAAUAACGUUUUGCGGUACUUCAAAUAUGGGAAGACAGAUCACCAUAUUGCAUAUUGCAAGAGUGUUGAGCCGACUUGUUAUAAUUAUGGCGAGAAGUGUCACAUCAGUACUAAUUGUCAGAAGCCAAAGGAGGUUCAGUAUGGAGGGAAGGUUUUUACUUUGACUGGAUCAGAGACUACUAGCUCAGACGGGUUGAUUCAAGGUACAUGUUUUAUUAAUAAUAUUCCCAUGAUUUCUAUUAUUGACAUGGGUGCGACACACUCUUUUGUUUCACUUAAGUGUGCUGAGAGGUUGGGUUUGAAAUUAUCUUUUAUGGUUGGGAGUAUGAUUGUUGAUACCCUAGCUCUGGGUCCGAUAGCCACUUCAUGGUUUUGUUUGAACUGUCCACUUACUAUUUACGGUAAGGAUUUUGGGAUGGAUUUAGUGUUUCUAGAUGAUGUCAGUGAUUUUCCGCCGGAGCGCGAAGUUGAGUUUGCUAUAGACUUAGUACUUGGUACUAGUCCUGUGUUGAUUGCUCCUUAUAGAAUAUCUGCUUUAGAGCUGAGUGAGCUGAAAAAACAGUUAGAGGAGUUGCUUGAGAAAAAGUUUGUUCGACCAAGUGUUUUGCCGUGGGAUGCACCGGUGUUACUGGUCAAGAAGAUAAAUGGUAGCAUGAGGUUGUGUUUUGACUAUCGACAGCUGAAUAAGGUGACUAUCAAGAACAAGUAUCCACUUCCGAGGAUUGAUGAUUGA